AUACAGUACAUACAAUGAGAGAAAGAGAAAAAGGGAGAGAGGGUCCGUCAUCAUCUGUGUUACAAGUGUUGCACAUGACCGCUGUCUGUGUCAGGAUUAACACGCUCCUUCACAGUGGUGUUGAUUUUUAUUCUGCAGUACGAUAUCCUCAGGUCUGAACUCUUGGAUGAGAGUCACUUGCCAGGGGACGCCCUCCCCCUUUUUUAUUUUUAAAUAAGACUUCCUACGUGGUCAGAAGACUGGUCUACUACUAUCUGGACACAAGUCACAAUGUGAGGCUGCAUGUCAAGAAAAACUACAUGAAAAAGAAGAACAUAUAGAUUAGUAAAUUCCGACAUUCUUUUGGGGGUUGUGGUGCUUUGGGACACUUCCAAAAGACUGAAGAACCAGGGGACCUGAGGAUGGAGGUGGUGUAUGAAUCAGACUGUGCAGGGGAUCUACAGGAUGAUCUUUUGGAUGAGAAAUGCUUGUGCAACUUCUCCAGACUCUAGUUAAAAAGCUUGCAAGAGCAACAUGAGCUGGAGUUUCCUCACUCGUCUCCUGGAAGAGAUCCACAACCACUCCACUUUUGUUGGCAAAGUGUGGCUGACUGUGCUCAUCAUCUUCCGCAUUGUCCUCACGGCAGUCGGAGGCGAGUCCAUCUACUCGGAUGAGCAGACCAAGUUCACCUGUAACACCAAGCAGCCCGGCUGCGACAAUGUAUGCUAUGAUGCCUUUGCGCCGCUGUCGCACGUGCGCUUCUGGGUCUUCCAGAUCAUCAUGAUCUCCACGCCGUCCAUCAUGUACAUGGGCUAUGCCAUCCACAAGAUCGCCCGCACUUCAGAGGAGGAGCGGAGGAAGAACCAUAGAAUGCGCAAAAAAACAGCUCCCCACACCAGAUGGAGAGAGGGUUACCAUCUAGAGGAUGUCUUGGAGGGAGAGGAUGAUGAUGACGCAGAGCCUAUGCUCUAUGAAGAUACACUGGAGGCCCAGGAGGCCAAGCCUGAGAGAAACAGCACUUGCAAAGAGGCACCAAAGCACGAUGGCCGGCGGAGAAUUAUGCAAGAGGGGCUGAUGCGGAUCUAUGUUCUUCAACUCAUGUCAAGAGCCAUCUUUGAAGUCGCUUUCCUGGCAGGACAGUACCUCUUGUAUGGGUUCCAAGUUAGUCCUUCCUUUGUGUGCAACAGAGUUCCUUGUCCACACCGAGUGGACUGUUUCAUCUCCAGGCCCACAGAGAAAACAAUCUUCCUGCUCAUCAUGUAUGUGGUAAGCUGCCUCUGCCUUGUGCUCAACGUGUGCGAGAUGCUCCAUUUGGGAAUUGGCACUUUCCGAGACACCCUCCGCCUCAAAAGGAAGCAUGAUCGGCGGACCUGCGGCUACCCGUUCUCCCGCAACAUUCCAGCCUCCCCUCCCGGGUACAACCUGGUCAUGAAGACGGAUAAACCCAGCAGGAUGCCCAACAGCCUCAUCACUCACGAGCAGAACAUGGCUAACGUGGCCCAGGAACAGCAGUGCACCAGCCCGGAUGAGAACAUCCCGUCGGAUCUGGUGAGCCUUCACCGCCACCUGCGUGUCGCCCAGGAGCAGCUCGAUAUGGCCUUUCAGACUUACCAAACUAAGAACACCCAGCAGACUUCCAGAACCAGCAGUCCCGUUUCGGGGGGGACGAUGGCGGAGCAAAACCGAGUCAACACUGUCCAGGAGAAGCAGGGAGCUAGGCCCAAGUCAACCACAGAGAAGGCUGCUACCAUUGUUAAAAAUGGAAAAACCUCAGUCUGGAUUUAGAAAUAAAUGUGUGAUUUAAUAAUAAAUAUUUAAGACAUAGUGACUACACUGAUACAGCUGGACGAUCUGUGAGGUGGACUACAAUCAGACGAACAAGAAAUACACACAAAAACUGUUGAGAAUCAUCUUUGUUACUGUCCUGUGUCAUUUUGUGCUUUCUACCAUUAACAUAGUAGGCCUGGUUAGUCACCUGAUCUCUAAUUGAACUCAAUCAUCACGAUAGAAACAAGAGAAUUCCAAGCAACAGUGUUUAUCUAAUCUAUCCUCGACUGCUGCUGCACCAUCGGUUGAUUACUCGGGAAGGAUGAAUGGUGGUGAUAAUAUAUUUAAUAUGAAUGGAUAUUAUAUGGAUGUAAUAUGGAUGGGUGUUGCUGGAAGCAGGUUGAAAUGUAAAAUAAUAUUUUGAUAAAGUAACAAUCCAUUUACCUUCAUUUCAUGCUAUCCUGUUUAUUCCCAAAAAACAUUUUCUAUAAAAAGGAAGAAAGAAAAAUUACUUCCUUUCUAUAUUACCGAUUUUGUGUUAUCUAAAGAUGAUGCAUGCUUUACAUAGGUUUCGAUAGAAACCCCAACUUCGCCAUUUAAACUACACACUGAAUUUAUGUUUAGGCAUGUUAUGUCAAGAUUAGCAUCUUUAAUAUUUUCAAAAUUGAUUUUAAAGUUUAAUCCUGCCUUUAUCAUUAA